CUGCAGUGAGUGAUGUGUGCGGCGCCGGGCGAGUGGAGCGUGCUGCUGCCGGAGUCUACGUUCAGCGUUUAUUUCUAGGAGAGCUGAGUUAGGAUGCUGCGGCAUGCGGAUGUAGAGAUCUCUGUAUAUAAAUAGCACAUCACAGCUAGGUAACGGGAUGAUGGAGAUGUUGCAAAAGCUAGAAGAGAGAGAAUUAUUCAGCAUGCGCCACACUUUCCAGUGCUUUUAAGGAGGCAUCUGGAGAUGAAUAAAAUGUUUUGAUUGCGGUUUUGACAUUCAGAGAAAGCAUCGUUUGUGUGUGUUUUACUGCACCUCAUUUUCGGUCAGCGACAAGACAGUUCUAGGAUUUCGCUGUCUGGAUGUGGGAUACGUAAGGACUUAAAACCUAUUGGAGAUUUGUGCAUGUGAUCACGGUGGAAACAAAACUAGUAUCCCAAAAGAAGACCCUAGAGAAGAUCACAGAGCAGUUGUUGUCUGUUGGUUAGGAUUCAUGCAACUUUAAUGUGAUGAUGUCAUAGGACAUGGCUGCUUUCAGUAUCAGCAUUAAGGAUAUCGUUGCAUCCUGCUUCCCUUCUCGUCCUCUGAAUAUGCUGAAGGCCCUGGCAGGAAUCUGUUUGCUUCAUCUGACUACAAUUUUCUUCCUUUUUUGGGCAACUAUAGAUGAUGCGUGGUGGUUCACAAGGACCCUUUACACAGAUCUGUGGGGCCAAUGGGUGAUGGAGAACAAUGACAAUGUCUGGGUGUACAUGGACAUACCAACCUCAUACCGGAGAGAUUAUCUGCAGGCAGUUCAAGGAUUUGCAGUGCUGUCCUGCCUGUUUGCUGUGUUCUCUCUGAUCGUGUUCGUAAUCCAGCUCUUUACUCUGGGCAAGGGAAAGCGGUUCAUCCUUUCGGGAGUUGUGCAGCUCAUUUCCUGUUUCUGCAUAAUGGUGGCUCUGUCAGUCUACACCGACCACUUCCACAGAGGCGAGAAGGACGGCUGGUACGGCUGGUCCUACAUCAUGGCCUGGUUUGGCUGGCUGCUGACCCUCUUCACUGGAAUCAUGUACAUCAUCUUGCGCAAGAGAGUGGAUUAAACUUCAGCCCACGCUCUCAGUGCUAAUGUACAGCCUCGGUUAUUCUUUUGUCAUGCAAACUUCCAUAUGGACUGUGACUAAUGUGCUUUAAAGCCCCAGUGCAAUACUGCAAUAGUCUUGAAUGUCACAGGCCUUGGUGGACAUUCAGGAAACUUGCACAACAAACAUCACACAGAAUCAACGGUUCAUUUCAACUUGUGAAAAUGCUUGAAAUCUGCCAAUGAGAUCGUCUUAUAGAAAACUGGUCAAUUUCAUGAACAAAAAGAGAUUUAUUUAUGAUUGCAUUUUUAUUUAGAGCAAUACUAUAUUUUGGUUUGAAGGACAAUCUUUCCUAGAUUCACAAAGCACUGAGAGCAGACACACCACCUGACAAGUCUUGUCGUCAAUCACAAUUAAAAGAGCAAGAAAUAAUAACUUGACUUCUAGUUGAUAAUUUGGAUAAGUGGCAAAAGGUAGAUUUUUCAGAUGAAUCAUCUGUUGAACUGCAUCCCAAUCAUCAUAAAUACUGCAGAAGACCUAUUGGAACCCUCAUGGACCCAAGAUUCUCACAUAAAUCAGUCAAGUUUGGUAAAGGAAAAAUCAUGGUUUGGGGUUACAUUCAGUAUGGGGGCGUGCGAGAGAUCUGCAGAGUGGAUGGCAACAUCAACAGCUUGAGGUAUCAAGACAUUUGUGCUGCCCAUUACAAACCACAGGAGAGGGUAAAUUCUUCAGCAGGAUAGCGCUCCUCAUACUUCAGCCUCCACAUCAAAGUUCCUGAAAGCAAAGAAGAUCAAGGUGCUCCAGGAUUGGCCAGCCCAGUCACCAGACAUGAACUUUAUUGAGUUUGCCUGGGGUAAGAUGAAGGAGGAGGCAUUGAAGAUGAAUCCAAAGAACUCUGGGAGUCCUGUAAGGACUACUUUGCCAUUCCAGAUGACUUUAUUAAUAAGUUAUUUAGGUCAUUGUAGAGAUGUAUGGAUGCAGUCAUCCAAGAUCAUAGGAGUCAUACACAAUAUGAAUUAUUUUUCCACUGCACCAUGACUUUAUAUUCUAUACUGUACAUUAUUUCUGUUAAGUGACAAAACUCUAGUCUAAGCAAAGUCAGACUUUAUUGUCUUAAUUAAAUAUUUAAAAAUCAAGGCAUGAUCAUAUUUUAUUUUGGUAAAAAACGCGUAAUCUAGAGGCCUUUGCCUUUCAUAUUAGCCACUUCUGAUACCAAAUGAUCAACUAGAAGUCCUUAAACUUGAAUAGGCCACAAGACUUCAGUCAGGUAGUGUACAUAGGGUCUGAACACUUUAAUCGCAGUUGCUGUAGAUUCAUUAUAUAUAAGAACGAACUGUAAAAAUGUAUUUAUAACAUGUACAAAGAGAAAGAGAAGUUGUACAUAUGAAGUACAUACAGAUACAUAUACGUGAACGACAUGUAGUUUUAAACUCACGCGCACUUUAAAGAUUAGCUUUGUUUUGAACAUUGCUUAUUUUGGAUUUUCUUUUCACCUAUAUUUCGUAGACGGUAAUAGCACAGGAUAGUCUCUAGGUCAAGAUAAGGGUCAAACCUAUGUUACUGCGGUACAUUAUGGUGCUUUUCGGUCUCUGAUCGUUCUCAUGGUCAUGUUGACUUUUGUAAUUUGAUUGUACGAACACUCUGCCACCAUACUAUUCCACUACAUGGAACUAUUUCUUGAUAAUGAUGACUUGGACCCUGAUCAUGGUCAUGGACCCUGUUGCUAUGCCGAUUGUUUUGAAUAGCACGAUGUUGAAUGAUUGUUUUUGUGGUCUCGUGAUCACACAGUAACAUUCUAAUUCCAGAGCACAGAAUGUUCCAAAAGAAUUUUCAGAAUGCUUUUCUUUUGUAAUUGUCAAAAUGUAAUAAUAUUUUCAUGGGAGUAACAUCACUCCUCGUAAUAUACAGAUGUCUGAGUUAUCCAGUUUCUGCUUACCUAGUUUGCUUUCAGUAAUUUCUAGAUGUAUUUUUAUUUUGCAUUUUGACACUGACUGAAUGAAAAGGGUUUUAUUUUUUCAAUGCAAAAACGAAGGCAAACCUUGUAAACCAGGGAGAUGUUAGUUUCAGUGAUCACACACAA